AUGUCAAAGCAGCUUCUUGAUACGCCAUCUCGUCACCCAUUUUCUUUGUGGGGCCUCGCAGACAAAACAUGGCAGCUUCUGUGUGAAGGUGCUCUAAAUGCCGCCGCAGUGCCAGCAGCGAAGGUCGCGGAGGCCGCCGGACAACUGCGGAUAAUCACCGAGGAUACGACAUACUCCUUCCCGGCAGACCGACAGGACACCGAGACUGGACUGCAUUGCGAGCUCCGAGUCAAAAGUGAUGUAUUCUGGAUCCGGCUGUGCACAAUGAGCGACCUUGGAUUCUCCGAGGCCUACAUGUAUGGUGAAGUCGAAUGCGACGACUUGAUCUCUAUUUUCACUAUAUUCCUUCGCAAUCGUGAAAAAUUACAGAACUUAGACUCUCGAUUUUCUUACUUAUUCUCCCUCCCACAAAAACUCACUUCACUGCGGUUUAUCAAUACGCUCAGCAAUUCUCGCUCGAACAUCUCGGCACAUUAUGAUAUUUCAAACAAGAUGUUCGAAGGUUUCUUGUCCGAAGACAUGACCUAUUCCUGCGCAAUUUUUAAGGACCUUGACGGCGACCUCAAAUUACCUCUAGAAGUAGAUAUUUCUUCCCGUAACAAAGCGGAGGUUAAACAUUCCUUACCAACGCCAACUGGAACGCCGAACAACGAAUUACAGGCAGACGAGUUUAUCCACGAUGAUGAGUUGUAUGAAGCACAGAUUCGUAAAAUCGAUCACAUUAUUCGCUGUGCACGUAUUGAGCCCGGGCAACGUGUGCUCGAGAUCGGCUCUGGGUGGGGCUCACUUGCGAUACGUGUAGCAACGCAAUUGCCUGGAACGACUGUUGACACUAUUACGCUCUCCGUCCACCAGCAAUCAUUGGCGCGAGAACGCAUUGCACGGGCCGGAGCAGAUAUUUCGUCUCGAGUACGGGUGCAUUUGCUGGACUAUCGCGCCCUGCCAACCGAAUGGGCAGGUUUAUUCGACCGCGUUAUCAGCAUUGAAAUGGUUGAAGCCGUCGGACGAGAAUACCUUGAAGAGUACUUCCGCGUGGUAAAUUGGGCAUUGAAACCAGGCACUGGCAUCGGCGUCAUUCAGAGUAUUACUAUCCCGGAAGCAAGAUUUGAACGCUAUACGAGCGAAGUGGACUUCAUCCGAAAAUGGGUAAGCUAUGUUUUAUUUCCAGGUGGAUUUCUUCCGACGCUGACGCUGUUGGUCCAAGCUCUCACAGCUGGAUCGCGCGGCCGUCUCGUCGUGGACUCCGUAUCUAAUAUUGGACCUCAUUAUGCACGAACGCUUCGCGAAUGGCGGAGGCGAUUCACAGCACGCUUCGAAGAUGUAAUUGAGCCUGCGCUUCGCGAAGACUAUCCGGACGUUAUGGCCGGUGAGAAAGGCCGACGAGAGAUUGAAGUAUUCAGGCGAAAAUGGAUUUGUAAUUGCUACUGUGAAAUUGGAUUUACGACGCGUUCUCUUGGUGAUCACAUCAUCACAUUUACGCGAGAGGGAAACGAAUCCUUUGAGUGCUCCAUUUUCCAAUAG